AUGGGUGGUGGUGAAGAGGUGUGGGAAGAUUUGAUGGAAGGGGAGCUGGGGUGGGGAUUGGGCUUCGAUCAUCUUCCAUCGCCAACAACCAAGCGAACCAAGAAGGUCGGUGUGACCGGUAAAUACGGUACCCGUUACGGUGCUUCCCUCAGGAAGACCGUCAAGAAGAUGGAAAUCACUCAGCACGCUCGAUACUCUUGCCCCAACUGUGGCAAGGUCGCCGUCAAGCGAUCCAACGUCGGUAUCUGGAACUGCAAGGGCUGCAACAAGGCCUACGCCGGCGGUGCUUACACCUUCGGUACCCCUUCCGCUGCCACCGUUCGAUCUACCAUCAGGAGGUUGAGGGAGGUUGCUGAGAUCUAA